AGUCUGUGUCACGUCGCCGUCGCAGCUGCCCUUGUUGUGCGACUGAAAGCUCGCGUUCUCGGCGGAAAACGACUUUUCCGCUUCAAAACACGUGACAAAUAACCGGUUCGUGAAAAUUUGCUUUUACGAUAGUUAACGCUCGAGUCAUUCGUCUGUACGUAAAUGGUGUUUGGAAAUAAAAUUGAAUUGAAGUGCAGUGUAGUGAAUUGUGAGAACUAGAAAGAGCUGCUUCCCGAUGGCCAUUUGUCUUCGAUCGCGCUAGAUCGAUCCCAAAUCGGAGGCGCGAUUCCAAUCGAUCGAGGGCGGGUGCGCGUGGUGCGCGUCGUAAGGGGAUGCCCGUGCGCAAGGGGCUUCUCGCGCCCCAGAACACCUUCCUCGAUACCAUCGCAACUCGUUUCGAUGGCACUCACAGUAACUUCGUGCUUGGUAAUGCACAAGUGCCGUCGUACCCGAUCGUGUACUGCUCAGAUGGGUUCUGUGAGCUGACAGGCUGGACAAGGGCCAACAUAAUGCAAAAGGCCUGCGCCUGUAAGUUCCUCCACGGCCCAGACACGAGAGAUGAACAUCGCAAGGAGAUUGACACCGCACUGGAUACCAAACACGAGCUGAAAUUGGAGCUUAUCUUUUAUAAGAAAAAUGGAUCUCCUUUUUGGUGUCUGCUCGAUAUCGUUCCAAUUAAGAACGAGAAACGAGAAGUCGUUUUAUUUCUCGCUUCGUUCAAAGACAUCACCAAUACCAAGAUGGCCGCCAUGAACACUAACGAGGAAUUCGACAGCGGAGCCGCGGUGCGGCCUUCGGCUGGCGUGGUCACUCUAGCGUUAUCCCCAUUUGUACCCGCAGCGGCACUCUUGGGCGCCAGGUUCCGCGCUGAAUCUAGUUGCCUACUUCCAGACCCGAAUGGGAAUCUUGACCCAGAAGCGCCCUCGCCCGCGAACAUGGGUAGGCGGCGCUCGCGUGCUGUACUAUACCAGCUUUCAGGACAUUACAAACCAGACAAAAUGAAGACUAAACUCAAACUCAACAAUAACCUACUUCACUCAACCGAUCCGCCUUUACCAGAAUACAAAACGUCCGCUGUGAAAAAGUCGAGAUUUAUAAUAUCGCACUAUGGGGUUUUUAAAACAUUUUGGGACUGGCUCAUUCUCAUAGCGACAUUUUACGUGGCUGUCGUAGUCCCAUACAAUGCGAGCUUUGUAGACGAAGGCCAUCCUAGGAUCAGCGUAACGAGUGACGUCAUUGUGGAAGCUCUCUUCAUUGUCGAUAUCGUACUCAACUUCCGAACGACGUUCGUGAGCAAGAAAGGAGAAGUAGUUUCGGACUCAAAAGCGAUAGCCCUUAAUUAUAUCCGGUCUUGGUUCGUGGUAGAUCUCUUGGCGGCGCUCCCGUUUGACCUACUUUACGCUUCGGACGUAUACAGCGGAGCGGAAUCAACCCACGGAAAUGUGCAUUUAGUGAAGUUAACGAGGUUGCUACGACUGGCGCGACUCCUGCAGAAGAUGGAUCGAUACUCCCAGUAUUCGGCGCUGAUAUUGACCUUAUUGAUGCUAUCCUUUACGCUUGUCGCGCACUGGCUCGCCUGCAUUUGGUUCAUAAUAGCGGAAAAAGAAAUUGAAGUUCACAAAAAUGAGAUUUGGGAUUUAGGCUGGAUAAACAACCUAGCGGAGAGACUGAAAGUGCCCAUCAUUAACAUAUCACACAGCGAGAGCUACGUCACCGCACUUUACUUCACCUGUUCCUCUCUGACAAGCGUCGGCUUCGGCAACGUUUCGGCGAACACUCUCCCAGAGAAGAUUUUCAGCAUAAUCACCAUGUUGAUUGGAGCUCUAAUGCACGCAGUGGUUUUUGGAAACGUCACGGCGAUCAUUCAAAGGAUGUACUCUCGGAGGUCAAUGUACCAGAGCAAGUGGCGUGAUCUGAAGGACUUUCUCACUAUCAAUCAAGUUCCGACGGAGCUGAAACAAAGAAUGCAGGAUUAUUUCCAAACGAUGUGGUCGCUAAAUCAUGGCAUCGAUAUUCAUGAGACGCUUAAAGAAUUUCCCGAAGAACUGAGAGGCGACGUAUCGCUACAUUUGCAUCGUGAGAUCUUGUCACUUCCAAUAUUCGAAUCCGCGUCCCAGGGAUGUCUCAAAUUGCUUUCGCUACAUAUUCGGAACAACUUCUGCGCCCCCGGCGAAUACCUCGUCCACAAAGGCGAUGCCCUCACGUACAUCUAUUACAUCUGCAACGGAUCCAUGGAGGUGGUACAAAACGAUAUGGUCGUCGCUAUUCUCGGUAAAGGAGAUUUAGUUGGGUGCGACGUAAACACCCAUUUACAGGCUUACAACGGUACGGGAACGUCUCAAGGAAACAAUCCAGACAUCGUCGUCAAAUCUAGUUGUGAUGUAAAGGCUCUGACAUACUGCGAUUUGAAAUGUAUUCACAUGGCCGGUCUAGCAGAAGUGUUGCGAUUGUACCCCGAAUACCAGCAAGAGUUUAUUCAUGACAUACAACACGACCUUACUUACAACUUGAGGGAGGGAUAUGAGGCUGAACAGGAAUCAGACGGGAAUGGACAUCCAUCUUUAACGUUACCUUCCAUAUCAGAAGACGAUGAAAACGCUGCGGAAGAUCAUGCUUUAACACCUAAAAAGCUGCCUUCUUCUAACACUAAUAGUCCCCGUCACACUAAAUUUAGGAUUGACGGACAACGCCUGUCUCACAGGGAGUUACGGGAGAGGAUAGAAAGGCAACGCUCUGUCGCAACACCGAAGAUAACUCGAGCUGAUUCCUUGGAAGGUCUAAAUUUAGAAGUGCAUAAUACGAGGUCUUCUGUUGAAAGACUGGAUACACAAGUGUCUACUUUACAUCAAGAUGUCGCAACACUCAGUAUGGAGGUAAGGAAUGCCAUACAGGCACUUCAAGAAAUGACAGGGCCAGCAGGAUGGCACGCGGCGCACUCUAUACCAAACUUGCAGUGGAACGCGCCCCCCAACCAACUUGCAAGGAGCUGCAGCCAUCCACCGGAUGUCUUUUGCUGGGAUCAACAGGAGAGACCAGUAACUCCUGAGCGCCCGAAAAUGCACCGCAGCACGCAAACUGAGCCAUUCCUUCACAGCGUAACCCAAUAUAUCAUGGAGCAUCCAGCUACUGUCAUGUUAUUACUCGGUAUCGAUCCGAUGUCGAGUUUGCCACCCGUCAUUCCGCAGCCCAUCGAUUAUUACGACACUCGACGCCGACCUAGCGCCCUAGAACAGAUUAUAGAGACUGAAACCGGAAGUCACACCCCUUCUAGUACCACCAGUGAGAAAUUCGAACCGAUCCGCAGCCUCAGUGGGAGUGCCAAAGAACUGACUUCCCACGAUCUAAGGAAGCAAUUUGAGCGAGAAAGCAAAGAACGUUUGAUACGAAAUCGGUAUUCGACGAGUGAUAUACACGAGGAAUCGGAACGAUUGCUUGGCGCGAACAGGACACAUUCAAGCACCCGUAGCCUCAAGUACAACAUUAACAGUUAAAUAUUCCAUUACAUGUUAUGCUCAUUAGUAAUAGACGUAUGUAAAUGUCAGUAAUUUCAAUGUUAUUUGUUGUUACAUCAUUCAUAGUAUAAGAUAGCAUUAGACGUAUUUAAACUACAUAUUUGCCUACCAUAUCUAAUAUUCUAUUUCUGCCAAUAUUACAUAUAUAAAUAUGCAUAAUAUGUAACUACUGCUAUCUGCAAAGAUUGACAGUAAUAUAUGUAUUUAUAGUCGCACGGAAAGCACCUGCGAUUAUUCUGUAUAAAUUUUGGAUACUUCUUUCAAUUCAACGAAAUUCUUAUCGACGUUUACAAUUUUUAUACUCAAAUUUUGUUCACAUUCUAUUAAUUACAUUUGAAAUGUGCAUAUCAUGUAAAACGAUUAUAGUAAGUUAUUAUAAUAAAUUUAAUUAUUAUUUAAAAAAACACUGUAAAUAAUCUAGUCAAUAUCAAAGUGAAAAUGCAUAGUGAUCUAUGGGAAUAUGUAGGAAAUUCAAGUCAAAUCACUUCAAAGUGAAAAUGCGUAUCAUAACGACAGUAUUAUUAUUUAUAUUUUAAAUACAAUAAUAUCUCUUAGGUAAUUUAUUUGUACUUUUUAGCCGUGUAACGGUAUCUAUCGAUUACAAUGUCUAUUAUAUAGAAGAAAAAUAGUAUGAAACUUUAAGUAUAUUUGUAUAUUUUGGAUCAUGUAGCGUUCUUCCAUGUCUGUAUUUAGAUAAUAAAAAUUUGUAUCAUCUUUGUUAAGUAUGCGUAUUCAGUGGAUAAAUACUACGAUCUCUAAUUAGUUGAUACUAUAAAUGUAAUGAAUAUUGUCUUCCUUCUAUUUAGCCAAAGUAUGAACGUAGAGAAACUAAAUGUGCCAAACUAGUCAGAAGCAUAAACUUUCCAAAUUAGAAAUCAUAAAUGUUGUACUCAUACAUCAUGAUAAUAAUUAGAUUAGUUCCAGAAACUUCGCGUAUAAAAAUUUGCCUAUUUUAUUUACUUUUUGUUCUUUUUGAUUAAAAGAAUGAUUCAAAAACUAAAUUGUUAAAUUAUUGUUUGAUAAAAUAAUUCAUGACAAAACAAUUCAAAAUUCUAGAGGUCUUUAUUUUAACGCCUAGAUAAUAAAAUCCGCCUUCAUUUAUAACGUUAUUUAUUGCUGCAUUUUCGGGUAUAUUGUUUUUUUUUUUUUUUACUUUUUUUUUUUAUUGCCCUUGUAGGUAGACGAGCAUACGGCCCGCCUGAUGGUGAGUGGUUACCGUCGCCCAUGGACUUCAGCAAUGCCAGGGGCAGAGCCAAGCCGCUGCCUACCUACCUUUAUUUAAAGAAACUCAAUUAAAACUAACAUUUAGGUAACUCAAUGAAUACGAUAUAACAGCGUAAUCGUACUUAAGAAUAUCAAAAUGAUAACUUUAUUUGUGUGAAGAAAUCUUACCUUGUCGGAGCGGGGGAAAUUGCUUCUGCAAAUACAGAUAAAACGACAUAAUGCGUGGUGCAUAAAUAUUAACAGAGUACGGUCUGAAUAUUAAAAUUAAUGUAAUGUCCGCAACAAAAUUUCUAAUGUAUUUGAUAAUAAUGAAAUUAUUGUGAACUGAAACGCUUAUUAGAAUAAAUGUAAUCUACUGCGGUGUUUUAUAAUGAAAAAAUUAUUAAUGUGAUAAAGUAUUUUAAACACGCGCAGUGCCUACGUUCUCGUUAAUUUAUUUGUUAAGUAGAUGUUUUAUUAUGAUCUUAAUUCAAUUUCUAUGUUAUAAGAAACAGUAGUGCAUUCGUUUGUAUUACAUAAAUUUUGUAAAUAAUAAAAACUUUAUUGAUUGUGUAGUUAAAAAUAAUAGUUACCAGUAAACUAAUAAAGACAAAUCGAUGUUCA